UGGCUAUUUUCAAUUUAUGGCAGCAAUCCCCUGCGCUGCACUCAAGCUGCACCCACAGACCACUCAGGUGGUCUACAACAGGGCACCGGUCUGCGAAACCUCCUCGUCGGCUACCUCUCCGUGACCAUCACCAAGCCCACCUCAAUCAAAGCCCUCACACUAGACUGGCGGCAAGGCCAAGGGCCCAGCAGCACCGAACACACCAUCCGCCACCGCUGCAUAGAUCUCAGUCACACGCUCAUUUCCUCUGAAGAUCACAAUCAAGAAUGGCAUGCCCUUGUGGAUAUGGCGCGCGUCGGAGGAUCAAAUCCUGCAGUUGCUGGCGAGCGUGGGAUGCUGAUGCCUGGAGAGUACAGAUUUGCAUUCGAGUUCGCCCUGCCCUCAGGGUUGCCGGCAUCUGUUGAGUCCCCACUGGGUGGUGGUCGCGAGCCUGUGUGCAUCAGUAUGGUGCAGGCGCCUAAAGCUGAGAGGGAUCUGCCAGCUCUGGCGAAGGUCGGCAACGGGUGGAAAAUCUCCGUCUACGCUAUCUCCCGAGUGCUCGCCCUGGGCGUUCCGACCAAACUGCAAGCCUAUGUUACGCGCAUCGAUGAUGAUCACAAUGAUCAAGGUGAUCAGCGCGGUGGGAGUCUAGAGGUUGUCGAGCUAGGCAUCGCACUGUCAGAAAUAAUCACAUAUCGGAUUGCCCCGAACUGCACGCACAAAACAAGAGCAGUUGUUGCUCGGGCGAGCAGCGACAGUGUGAAUUUGCUGGCGAUCGGCAAGAGCUUUGAUGAGCAGCAGCAGCAGUGGAUGGAUGCCCAGACUAUUGAGUCGCUCGGCGAGUCACUCGAUGAGCUCUCGAUGCCUUCGAUUGCCCAGGUGCAGCUGGCCCUGGGGAAGGGUGUUCAGGCGAGCUCUGGCUCGGCAGUGUUCUCAGUGGCCCAUGAGCUUUCGGUCAAUGUUGUGUGAGAAGCGCUGAGGGAGAGGUUGCGCGGUGACGUUGGCCUCGCAUGUUGUUGUUUUGCCCGAGGCACUCAACGGAAUUGCCGGGGCUGGCGUUGGUGUGUCGUCUUCACUGCCCUGCUAUGCGCAGAUCUCGGAUGAUGUUGUUUUGGCCUCGUCCGAUGUGAAGUGCAGCAUUGUUGCUGGCAACUAUGUGUGCGCGUAUCCUCCGCCCUACCAACUGAGUGAGGAGGCUGCGAGCACCGUGUAAUAUUUUUAUCUUGUUAUUUAGUUCUCUAUUUUUUGUUUAUAAUCCUGUUUUUAGUUUCUAUUAUUCUAUUUUCAUUGUCUAAUUUUCUUUCUUAGUCU